AUGGACCAGCCAUUCGAUGCUAGUAAUUGGGUACCUGCUCGCCCAUGGCGGCCCGGCGACGAGCAGCAUUCCGAAGCACAGGUGAAUGGCUUGAUUAAGUCAUUGAACAAGCAGACGGAGAUCAUUAAACAAUUUCCCUACGAUCCAAGAUCUUGGUGUGAACGAAGCGAAAUCCUGGCCCGUUUGCGUUAUCCCGAGCUAGCCGCUGGUGACGGCUUCAAAGCCGUGACACUUGCGAGGAAACUGCUGGUAGAUCUCGAACAGCGACCUGGCUUUCGUCUUGGACAACGAAUGGGCUUUUGGAUGGAGGAUGCCGAGCCUGUCGAUGCUGUGUAUGUGGAGAUGGAACGCGAUGAUCAGGAGAUCCAUCUGGCAAGCGUACAGAGAGCCGCAGACAAGGUGGUCACGGACAAUCUGUAUUACUUUCCCAACAGCCACAAAGGUAGGAUGAUUGCCAAGGAAUAUCCGUGGAUGAAAGAGGAACACAGGAUGAGAAGCGAUGAGCUGCUGCGGACCAUCAACCUGGAGCUUGCCGUUUCUAAGGACGACAGAGUGGAUGAGAAGUUCGAGAGUGCGCCGAUUCACUCCCCUUGUCCAAUCGACUCUCCUUGCAUCGUCCAGCGAUACGCGUUCGGUCAUGGCGUGGGUGCGCGAGAAGGCGCCGACUUACUAGGAGUCUUCGCAGCACGAGACAUUCGAAGAGGCGAGACGAUCCUAGUUGAUACUACACGUACAUGGGGCUGCAACGGCCCUGGCAGCGACGGCACCCUGGCUAAUCUCUACGUUGGACUUGGCUGUCUCGACGAAUUACAUCCCAACUCGGCGAAUGAUAGCACCGACCACGACAUGCGUUGGAUACGCGACCGCUGCGGGAAGAGUUCUGCGGAGAUCAUUACAAGGUGCAAAUUCUUCUUUGCCUCUAUCAUCGAUGGUGCUGAACAUCCUCUGGACCACACACUAGCCGUCCGACUGACUCCGAAUUAUGGAGAGGUGUCCGCGGAUUUCUCGCUGGAGGACGACAUUGCGGUGAUCAACGACUUCCUCCAACAGAUGGGUAUCGACAUUUUCGCGAAUCCCAAUUACGAUACUUGGACGUACUUCACGAUCAAAGCACGAGUCGACAAUAACUUUUGUAGCGAUCCCAACACCGCAGCAGUGCACCAGCUCUUCUCCCUCUUCAACCACAGCUGCGAGCCUAACGUUUCGUGGUUCAGGAGGGAUGAAGAUCACACGACAAUGCACAUGGUCACAACCCAAGACGUAUCAAAGGGCGAACAGCUCUUCGUCUGCUAUGAUGGUUUCAUGGACGAGAAGCCUCUGAACGAGAGGAGAGAUCGAUUCUGGCAAUGGAUUAACGGACCAUGUCAAUGCACGAGAUGCGUGCGAGAGGAAGCUGCCGCACAAGAUCAUCCCGGGCGAUCGUUCGAUUCGAGCUCGACUGGAUCUACUGGAGACUGGGUAGGAGAACAACAUCUGGAUGCCAAGAGAGAUUGA